AUGGGGAAACAUCGGAAAUUAAUGCCGACAGCGUUAGAACGAUGUGUUUGGGGAAAUGGAGACGGCUCGACUAUGCCGGUAUUUGACACGCCGUUAGGAAAGAUCGGUGGAGCGAUUUGCUGGGAGAACUACAUGCCAAUGUACCGUGUGACGCUCUAUGAUAAAGGUAUCGAGUUGUACCUAGCUUGUACUGUGGAUGAUCGUGAGACAUGGUUAUGUUUCGUCUUCUCUUCAGCUCAGUUCAUGACGUCGUCGGCAUACCCGGAGAAUCACCCGAUACGCGUAAAGCAUGGUGAUGAUAAGGUUUUGAUUCGAGGCGGUUCCUGCGCAAUUGACCCUCUAGGAACAAUUCUUGUCGAACCUGAUUUCACCAGGGAACUCAUACACUAUGUAGAUGCAGAUCUCUCACAAAUCGCUUGUGGUAAGAUGGACCUGGAUACAGUGGGCCAUUAUAGUCGUCCGGAAGUGUUUCAGCUGAUUGUUAACGAAAAACCUUGCGAUCCUGUGGUGAGGCGAUAA